GCCUCUCGAGUUGUUCUCGUGGUUCUCAUGUCUGUGGCACAGAUUUGCUCGAUCUGGCAACGUCGUUAUUGUAUUUAUUUAUUACUCAACUAAUCUUACUGGUUAUUCAGUAAUUUUAAAAAGUCAAGUGCUGAAAAAAAUUUAAUUAAUUUGUUUUGGUGUGAAAUUUUAUUGAGUCAAGUUAUUUUUGGUGACUGUAAUCAAGAGUGAAGUGUGUUUACUAUCAAAUCCACGUGUGUAGGCUGGAUAAUUGGGAAAGAAUAAAAACCGCUGAUGAAAAAUAAAUGAAACCACGUAGCACGUUUGAUAGAGUGCCGGGUUAUUUGGUCUAGUCCAGAGUAGUGGUAACCAGUGACCAGAGUAGAGAGUCUAGUCACAAAAAUUCAACUCAUCCCAUUCCAUAUCUAUGAGUAGGGUUUUAUUUCGCGCGUUUGCCCAUCACAACUUCACUAUCUACACAACCGGCGCUUUGUGUCAGUGUAGUUUUUAGCUGUGUGCGUGUGUGGUUUGAGGUAGAGUAGUCCACAAUAAUGGGCACUAGAGCUGUAGGAUUAGGAAGUGCUGGAGGAGCUGGAGUGCUCGGCGAAGCUGGUCUUGCUGGUGUACCACGACUUCUUGAAGACUUGACGAGACUUUCAGAGGACAAUGAGUCUGCGGACAUUGUUUUUUUACUUGGAAGAGACGAAACUCCUGUUUAUGGUCAUCGCAUUAUUUUACAAGUCAGGUGUAAAAAUUUUACCGCACCAAAACGUAUGGGGACAUCGGGAAACCCAACAGCCAUAAGAAUGCCACAUGCUCAUCCAGAGACAUUUCGACAGUUUAUUCACUACGUCUAUACGGGAAAAAUCAUGCUUCAAGACAGUGGAAUCUUUGAAAUGCUCGCUUUGGCUCAAGAGCUAGGGGUCGAGGAGCUCUGGAGAAGUUGCGAAGAGCAUGUAUCAGCAACUUUGAGUCCUGGAAACGCAUGUGCACUUUUGACAGCAGCUUUGGAUGCUCAAGAUCGAGUUCUUGGUGGAAAAGGAGCGUGUUCAUCAUUCAUCGAACGCUGCUUUUCGUUUAUAAGCGACAAUGCCAUUGAUACUGUAAAGACACCAGCGUUUAGUAACUUACCCAAGGAUGCUCUGGUUAAGUUAAUCUCCUCUGACUACUUGGGCUUGGAAGAAGAAGAUGUUUGGCGAGCUGUUCUCAAUUGGGCUAAGUAUCAAGCAGGAGUUACACAACCGACUCAACAUUGGACGGAAGAAGAACGUGCUCGUGUUUGUCAACAUCUUGCUGGUGUUAUCAAUCACGUCCGUCUGUUAUUAAUUGACAGUCAUGUAUUUGCUGAAGAGGUCGAGCCGACUGGUGCUGUUCCUAUCGAAUUGUCUCUCGAAAGAUAUCGUUAUGCAGCAGUACCCAACAAGUACUCAGAAAUCUGCGCUGACAAACGAUUGCAGCCGCGUAUUGGUCCUCUGUUAUUCCCAGGAUCUCAGAUAUUAUCCAGAGACAAAAUGGGGUACCAGCGUCUGUUAAAUCAGUGGUACGGGAACCCCAAGCAAAACUGGCGGCUAAUUUAUCGCGCGUCUAGUAAUGGAUACUCGGCAUCAGCAUUCCAUCGUCAUUGUGACGGUGUCGCUCCAACUUACACUAUCGCCUUGGGUGCACGAGGUGAAAUAUGCGGUGGAUUUAGUGAUGUGGCCUGGGACAAAACAAGUGCCAAGGGUCACUAUAUAUCUGCUGAAAAAGCAUUUCUUUUUACGCUUACUAAUAAUCAGGAUGUCCCGCCGACAAAAUACGACCUUAUAAAAAAGCCAUUCGCUAUUUGCUACCAUCCAGAUAUUGGUCCCAUAUUCGGCGCAGGAGCUGACUUGCUGAUAGCAAACAAUUGUAAUGUUAAUUUAGAAAGCUACAGUAAUUUACCUCACACUUAUGACGGUGAAAAUGCCUCAAGUACAAUAUUAAUGGGCGAUUAUCACUUCACCGUUCUUGAUUAUGAAGUGUUUACACUCAACGGUCCCAUUUCAAAGUCCGAAAGACAUUGAAACCUUAAAAAAAAAUUCCUUUCCUCAAGAUAUCGCUCCGACCUGGCAAUACGUUACUGUAAAUAAUGACCUUGUGCAUCCAUCCAUCUAUCCAGUUUUAUCCAGUCCAAUAUGUUUUCCACGAAACGUAAGUCACCUUAUCUUCCUUAAUUAUUAUCGUCAUUCAAUAUUUUUAUCAGUCCAUUCCUUGCCACGUUCACUCUGUUAUCUUACAAAUCGAUUGUCGUUAAAUUAAGGGCUUUCUCAGACAGUACCUUCUCCCUCCCCCACUUUUUAAAAAUAUUCAAUGACAUUCAAUUCUCAUAACUGUAUUCACGAUUAUGACGUGGAAAUUAAUUGAAAAUUUUUGAAAAGUGGUUUUGAGUAUGGCCUUAAAUACAAGUAAAGUGUGAGGAUCAGGGACUCAAUAAGUCUCAUAAUAAUCAAUGAUUAAGGGGUCCACGAUGUUGGAGGAUGUAGAUCUCAGCGAGAGCUCCGUCUUUAGUUUGAUAUUUAUUUUAACGCUUCUAAUAAAUUUUUUGCUAAAUCGGUACAACUAUAUAUAUAUAUAAUAAUAAUAACAAUAAAACAAGAAGAUGUAAACUGUAAAAAUAAAUUAGAAAAAUUGGGUAGAAAUUUUUAUUUUUAUUUUAAAUCGUACGGUAUCAGGAUGGCGAGACCCCCCGGGAGGAUCUGCAACGCCUUUAGGGCCUAUAAAUCGGUUUAAUUGAUAAGUAAUAGUAGCGGCCGUGGUCGAAUCUUGUUCGCCUUUUUUUUUCUCACUUCAUCUUGCCCGGUCGUCGGCAUGUUCCUGGGGAAUGUGGCCGACUUGUAACUCAGUCUACAUUUAUUUUACCACU